AUGUCUUUCAACAAUUGUUUAUCAUCAUCUUCUGUAUCUCGUCAACCUCUGUCAACUACAACAAAUCUCAAUGAAAUAAAACCACCACAUCAUCAUUAUCACUAUCAUUAUCAUUAUCAUUAUGCACCAAUGACAAUAACAACUAUUGCUCAUCCAUUCUAUAAUUAUUGUCAACAAAAUCAAGAAUGUUCAAAUACAUUUGCAUUAGUACCAUCAAUGCCCAUGAUUGAUCAUCAAAUACAAUUAAAUUAUAAAGAAAAUCUUCAUCAAAAUUCAAUACUUAAAUUACGUCGUUGUGUUUCUUUAUUUCUUCAUUUAAUUGAUAAUUCAUCCAUAUCUGAUUUUCUUAAACAUGACAAACAUUUUCGACAUGCUGAUAAAUAUUUAUUAGCAAUGACAUUAAUUUAUUUUUGGCGAGCUAAAUUACGUGAACAUUAUUAUACAAAAGAUUCGUUUUAUUUAGCAUUAUGGUUAGCUCAUGAUUCUGUUGAAGAAGAUCUUACAGCUAAAUAUGGAUUAUUACCAUGGGCACUUCAAACAAAUGAUGGUCGUCCAUCAGUUGAUUUAAAAAAUGAUUUUAAAAGAUUUUUAACCAAAAAAAAUGAUUUAUGGACUCGUAUAGGCUUUCGAGCUCGAGUUACUAAAGAUGAAUGUGAUGAAAUUAUGCUUAUUCAACCAAAUCAUUGGCUUUGGCAAAGAGAACGAUCGACUGAUUAUCAUAAAAAAAUGGCUAAAUUAAAUCGACGACAAAAAACUGAUACAAUAAAUAAUGAAACUAGUUGUUCAUCUUCUUUGUCAAUAUCAACUGUUGAUGAAACAAAUUCGAUGGAUACUUUAAAUGGACAAUCAGUUCCAGAUAAUAUUUCGAUGGAUACAGCAAAUGAUGAAGAUUGUUGA